AAGCAACCCGUUAAUCAAUGACCAAACCCCUGCAACUUUCCUCUUUGGCCAAUCACGGUAGGGAGGACACUCGGAGCACUCUCCAGUUAGGAUCACACCGACGUUUAGCUUAUUUCCUCGAAAAACUGAAAUCAAUCAACUCGUCAAUACAUGUAUGGGUCUGUCCAGUCAUUGUCCCCGCACUUUAAAAGACUUGAUCUAGCGUCAUGGCAGACCCCUGCAUGGACAGCACUAUGGAGGACCGCACGCCUUCGACCAGGACUUUGUGACCUCCAUGACCGCGUCUCAUCCAGAUCCAAUCUUUGGAGCAGAUAUCGUACGGUCGCCUCGGUGAAGACGAGCGGGGGGGCGGUGGGCGGGUAGGGAGGUGGCGUCCAUGGCGAGGUUCCAGGAGGCUGGGGGUAAGGUGAGCUGGACAGGGCUGCUGGUUCUUGUGCACUUCUCCUACCUGCUGGUCGGUGCCACCAUCUUCCAGAUCCUGGAGCGCGAGGCGGAGAGCAACAACCGCAACCACUUCCAGCUGGAGAAGCUCAACUUCCUGGCCAACUACACCUGCCUGGACGGCCCAGCACUGGAGAAGUUUGUGCAGGUCAUUUUGGAUGCAUGGGAAAAGGGUGUGAAUCCAUCUGGCAACUCAACCAACCCCAGUAACUGGGAUUUCAGCAGUUCCUUCUUUUUUGCUGGCACAGUGGUCACAACUAUAGGCUAUGGUAAUUUGUCCCCGAGCACUGUGUCCGGCCAGGUGUUCUGUGUUUUCUACGCCUUGUGUGGGAUACCCCUCAACCUGGUGUUCCUCAACCAGCUGGGAAAGUGCCUCACCAUCCACCUGGGACGGCUGGAGAGAGGCAUGCUCUCUCUGGUUCCCCAUAAGCAGGCGGUGGAGGUCCUAGCCGUGGGUCUGUUCGUGGCGUCGGGCAGCCUGCUGUUUCUGGUCAUCCCUCCGCUGUUGUUCAGUUACGUGGAGGACUGGUCUUAUGGCGAGGGCUUCUACUACGCCUUCAUCACCCUCAGCACCAUCGGCUUCGGCGAUUACGUCGUGGGGACGGAUCCGGACAAGCACUACAUCACCGUGUACCGGAGCCUGGCCGGGGUGUGGAUCAUCUUUGCCCUGGCGUGGCUGGCCCUGGUCCUCAGCAUCGGCGCCAAGCUGAUGGAGAGCGCCAUCGUGCUGACGCGCCCGGGCCUCAGGAGACCGCCGGGGGGGGUGGAGGACGGGUCCUCCGGCAAACUGGAGGAGGAGCUGGGCCAGAGGACCUAAGAGCCCAAGAUCUGAUUUAGGUUUUACACGACGACUGUCUCACCGGGAUGGAGAAUGACUGAAAUACAUAAACUGGGAGGGAAGGGGGGAAGGAGGAGGGGGGGGGACAUGAAGAAGAGAACGAACAGAUUGUUACCAACAUUUUAUCCAUUGUACCUGCUGUGUGGUUUCUCUGUACAGUUUGGGUGUAUGCAGCACAAGAACAAUCUAGCGUUCCAUUUGACUAUUUUGCGAGUGUUGAUUUUACCAAUGAGUUAAAUUCUACUGACACAAGUGAGCAUUCUGGGCCUUAAUAAGGAAUUGUUAUUGUCAUCGUGUAACGUCACUAGAUACAUUUUGGUGUGUGUGUGUGUGUGUGUGUGUGUGCGUCUGUAUUUCCACAUCUCUGUUUGUGUACCGAUUGGCAAAACUCCAUUGAAAUUGAGCAUGAAGAGCUAUCUAAAGCAAACACAUUAAUAUAAGAUGAUGGGGGCAAUUGGACCUGAGAGCACAGAGUGUGCAGUUCCUCUCUGGUGUAAAGGUGGUUUCAAUCAAUGACCAUCACUCUCGUUUCACACAGCUGGCCACCACGCACCACAUUACAACUCACUGAGGCACCCUGUGGCCAUUCCGUCCGCUUGUCUGAAACUAAAACCCUUGAGAUUAUGAUUCACAGUUUAAUUUAUCCAACAUAAAAUUUGAAUUGACCUUUUAGGAAAAGGUGGUUUUCUGCUGGCUAUCUGUGUCUAUCACUCAUAUGUAAUAUUGCUAUUCUCCUGUUCUGCGUCACAUAUAAUAAGCACACUCUUGCUUUCAGAACUCAUCAUGACUUAGGAAUCACAGACCUCAAAAUGGCCCGUGACAUCAAGAGGGUCCUGCAUUAACGCCCGAAGCACAUUAACUGGAACUCAAAACCCUGACCAGUAACAAGACUGCAGUCAGUGUGUUCCGGUGAUUGUGAUCUUGCUGAGUGUGGUCUGAGGAUUUGACCGCGGCUGACCGGUGCGCUGCUUCUCUCUGUUGUGCUGUGUUUUUAUUUUGCCUGGGGAUAUUUGCAUGAUAGCCAGGAGGAGUGCGAGAGGAAAUUAAUUUGCCUGUGGCGCCUUGCAAAGAAGAAGACGCCGAGGCCUGGUCACUCCCUGGACGCUCAUCUCUGCCACCGGUGCCCAGAACCUUUGACCCAGGGUUGGAACCAAGAGAGUCCCACUUUUGUCACCCUUCUUUCCCAAGCCUCUUCAACGGCGUCGACUAUGGGGCUGGUGGAGAUCUUCGCCCUGGCCCGGGUGCCCUCCAUCCUGCUGCUGGGGGCCGUGUACGGGGCGUACGUGUUAACGGGCGGCGUGGUCUUCUGGAAGCUAGAGGGGAACCUUGGCAGGGAGGACAUCAGCGCUAUAUUGGCACGGAAACAGCAGGUGCUCAAGACGUACCAGUGUCUGAACUCGGACGGCAUGGACGCGGUGAUUGCGGUGAGUCGCCCCUCGACUGAGGAACCCUGUGAUUUGGCGCACAUGUCGGUAGUCUACUGGUUGUAGAAUUGCACGGUGUACAUCGACGUGGUCCUUUGUGUGUUACUUAAACUGCCUCAAACUCAGGACCACUUGAGGGUAAACGACCUGCAGUGGUGGAUCACGGACUAGGGAGGGGCGGAGGGGACAUUUUAAAGUUAAGGUCCAGGAAAGGUGUACUGAAACUGUUUCUGAUGAUGGUUGCUGCCAACCACACAACAGUUAACAUUAAUUAGUUCAACAUAUUAAGUUUGGAUAAACAAAUUCUAUUAAUUGAAUCAUGUAUUUUAAUAAUUAAAGGUGCUGGUUGUAGCCUUUGGAACAUCACGAUGAUUAAAAGACAUGGUGGUUUUUGUAUGUUUA